AUGGAACAUUUUAAGUAAAUAAUUUUAUUAUUCAUAUAGUGAUGUAGCAACAGUCGAUCUAUUUAUAUUUAAUUAACCUUAUAAUAAUUAAAUUAAGAGAUUUUAAACAUUUUCAGAAUUAAAUAUAAAAAAUAACACAACCAUAAUUGCUAAAAUCAGAUGGCAAGGAGCAUGA